UCAAAAAAACUACACAUCUACAAAUCCCUCUUCUUCUUCUUCUUCUUCUUCUUCUUCUUCUUCUCUUCUUUGAGCUAUGUCCUUUGAAGACUCCCUAAGAUCCCUUUCUCUUGAUUACCUUAACCUUCUCAUCAAUGGCCAAGCCUUCAGCGACGUCACCUUUAGCGUCGAGGGCCGUCUCGUCCAUGCCCACCGCUGCAUCCUCGCCGCUCGCAGCCUCUUCUUUCGCAAGUUCUUUUGUGGCUCUGAUUCUUCUUCUGGGGCUGUUUUUGAUUCUCGCUCCGCCUCUCCUAUUGUCGGAUCCAACUCACGGGGCGGUGGCGGUGGUGGUGGCGGUGGCGGUCCUCCGCCGCAGGGAGUGAUCCCGGUGAAUAGCGUGGGAUAUGAGGUGUUUCUACUACUCCUACAGUUUUUGUACAGCGGUCAAGUUUCGAUUUUGCCGCAGAAGCAUGAGCCACGCCCGAAUUGCGGCGAGAGAGGGUGUUGGCAUACGCAUUGCUCCUCCGCCGUUGAUCUUGCUCUUGAUACUCUCUCCGCCGCUAGAUCUUUUGGGGUUGAACAGCUCGCAUUACUCACUCAGAAGCAACUGGUGAGCAUGGUAGAGAAAGCUUCAAUUGAAGAUGUAAUGAAAGUUCUAAUUGCAUCAAGAAAGCAAGACAUGCACCAGCUAUGGACUACUUGUUCCCAUUUGGUCGCAAAAUCAGGCCUUCCAACAGAAGUUCUAGCAAAACACAUUCCCCUCGACGUCGUUGCCAAAAUCGAGGAGCUUCGACUCAAAUCCUCCCUCGCUCGUCGAUCAUCCUUGAUGCCUCACCACCACCUCCAUCUCAGUGCGGCGGCCGACAUGGAGGAGCAAAAGAUUCGUCGAAUGCGAAGAGCAUUAGACUCCUCCAACGUCGAACUCGUCAAGCUAAUGGUCAUGGGAGAAGCCCUAAAUCUCGAUGAGGCAUUGGCAUUACAUUAUGCUGUCGAGAAUUGCACCCGAGAAGUCGUUAAAGCUUUACUCGAGCUCGGAGCUGCCGACGUCAACUACCCGGCCGGGCCAGCUGGGAAAACCCCAUUGCACAUUGCAUCGGAGAUGGUGUCGGCGGAGAUGGUGGCGGUGCUCCUCGACCACCAUGCCGAUCCAACCAUCCGAACAGUCGACGGGGUGACACCGCUCGACAUACUAAGAACCCUAACUUCAGAUUUUCUCUUCAAAGGGGCAGUGCCAGGGAUGACACACAUAGAACCAAACAAGCUGAGGCUUUGUUUGGAGCUGGUUCAGUCAGCAGCGCUGGUGAUAUCAAGAGAACAAGGGAAUAAUGCAAAUAACGCAUCAUCCACAGCUCCAAUGUUUCCACAAAUGAGUGAAGAUCAUAGCAGCAGCAGCAAUGGAAGCAAUUUGAACCUUGACACGAGGUUGGUUUAUCUUAACCUUGGAGCUAACCAUGGUUCAGCUCAAAUGGGAGGUGAAGGAGGAGAUGAUCAUAGACAUGGAGGAACUGACCCGACAAUGUUCCACCAUUCCCAUGAUUACUAAACCUCCUCAAAUUUUUAUUAUAUAUCUUUCUUUCUGUUAAUUACCAAAAUAUUUAUCUACAAUAUGUCUCCCAUCUCAUGCAUUUCUAUAUAGUGAGAAAGAGAGGAUA